AUGGCGAACCAACACACAGCGGCCAACCACGUCGAGGGUGACAGCUCGGGCAGCGAGGACUUCGAGGUUGUAGGGCACGAGGUUCUAACGGACGACAGCACCCACCAGAAUGACUCCACUCUAGUUGGGACGGAGAGUCAAGGGCCUUCCGUUGACGAGCGCAAGGUUGACGAGCAUUGCGACGUCGCGGACGCCGGCAAAACCCUGGGCAACGACGGGUUCCGUGCUCAACUUCGAGCCGUUACUCAAAGUGGCCUUGCGCAACGCGACGCCACCGGGCCCGUGCUUUGCCAAGCCGUGCAACUGCUCGAGCCGGCCACCUGUGCAGUAGGCCAUGCCAUACGGCUGCGUCUUGAGCUCGACGACCUGGCUCACGCCGGCGUGCGGUCGUUUUCCGACCACCUCUUCCGCGGCCCAGAGCGCACUUUUGUAAAGGUGUUUGAGAUGGCGCUCGAGGCGGUGCGACGACACCUCUACCCGCGCGACAAGGCGGCGUUGCUCAAGAUUUGCGGUGCGCUGCGCCCCAACACGGAAGGCAAGACGUCGAUGGUCGAGAGAGAGGUCCGCAGCGUUGUCCUGGUCGUUCGGGGCAUGGACGGUGUGGCGUAUACGACCGGGUCCAGGCACGACGAUGCACACAAGCAGAUCCACCUCAGCGCCGAUUACGUCGAAUCGCUCAUGCAUAGGUGGGCCGAUGAGGACGAAGGAGGAGAGGAAAGGCCGGCUAGGAGCGCCGAGGUGCCCAAGCAGCAGCAGGAUCGGCAGCAACAGCGGAGCCGAAUGCGUCAUGAGCAGAAAGUGGUUGCGAAGACGACCGUGGCACCUGCAACCAGAUCCGCCCUUCUGUCGCCUUCCAGCCGCGACGACGCUCCUCGCAUCGUCACCGCUGGGGACCAUCGACCGGACAAGGACCGCACGGGCGGUCGAGAUCGACGACGCCGGCGCACCGGCGGGCUGCGCAAUGUGGAGUUUGAGGUGCGCGGCGUGUUGGUGCACGAGCUGGUCCACACCGUCCAGUUUGACGGCGACGGUACCGCGCCGGGAGGACUUAUCGAGGGCAUCGCCGAUUGGAUCCGCCUCAAGGCCGGCUUCGCCCCUUCCCACUGGAAGCGCGGCGUCAUCGGAGACUCUUGGGAUGCCGGAUACGAAAGGACGGCCUUCUUUCUCGACUUUGCAUCCUCCUUCGUCGGGAUGAGGUUCCUUGUGCCGCACCUCAACCAGGCCCUCGCAUGGCACCGCUGGAUUGUCGACGACGACGACGUCAAGACCGCGCUGAAGCAUCGACGGCUGCGCCGCUGCGGAAACGGAGAAGAGGACGGUCGGGACGGCGACGACGAAGAGGAGCCAUUCACCCUCUUCGAGUGCCUGACGGGCUACAGCAUCGCAGAGGUCUGGAGGGCCUAUGAGAACUCCGUCGAAAGGUAG